AAUGCGAGUUGUCUUCUUCGGAACAAGAGGACGUGACAGUUGGAGGGCUGAAAACACAAGACGAAAUGUGCGAACUUUUCGCCAUGUAUUACCCUCGAGUGGAAGGGAUGAACAUCUGCCUCACGAGCGUGGACUACCAAUACUUCCACUCCACAUUUGAACUUGGUGGGGUGCACAUGAACUGGCAAUCACUUGAAUGGGAACUGGACGAGACGAAUCAGACCAUUCAUGAGUACUUCAGAGGCUUCAAUUGGGAGAACUUCGACCUGGAAGCCUAUCAAGAAGCCGUUCGAUUCUAUCCUCAGCAAGGAAUUUGCGGACGAUCUUCCAACUUUUUGGAAGUGAAGGACGUGACAUUCCCAGAAUACGAGAGCGAAUACCAACCUCCGCCGAGACAGUGCCCCGUGGAGAGUCCCAAC